AUGAAGCGACUUCGUGACGAGGACGUUUUUGUGUUUGUCAUCAACACUCCACCAUCUUCCGAUGAGUGGAUGGAUGAUGAUUUGGAAACAAAGGAUUUCUCGACAAAGUCCAUCAAGCGAGAAGACAGAGUCGCACUAUCUACUUUUUCUCUUCCUAAUGAAAUGAUUUUGGAAUUAUUCUUCUGGAUGGACAAACAUUCGCUCUUUAAUUUCAUUCAAUGCAACAGACAUAUUUAUCAAUUAUUUGAUGCAGUGAUGGCAACGAGUUUAAAUCAAAUUCGAUUGAACUAUUUAAACAAGGAAGUAAAGCAUGUGCUGAAGAGGCAAAUACCUCCAAGAUUGAUUGAAAUGUUUUCCAAUCGUGUCAACAACAAGAAUGUCAUGCUGACCUAUGACGAUUACUUUAGGCAAAAAAGUGCUUCUACGUGGCCAUCCACAUACUUUUACAGUGCUGAUAAUCACAAACAGACAAUAAUAUCAAAAGAGGAUGCAAAGGAACUUUUAAAAAAUCAAGACAAAGAAAUUACAAAAUCUAUCACAACACCACCAACACCCUACAGCUCAAAAGAAGAGAUUUUUUGUUCAGAGGAAGAGAUGCUUCAGACCAUGGUUUUUCCAUAUGGCAUGUUUCCUCAAAAAGAUACCUACGAUCUCACGUUCAAUGACUAUGUCAAACGAAAAAUCAGGUUCAAACAUCAAAAUGAGCCAACUCUCUUCGAAAUGGAUCGAUCCAAGAAAGAAUUUGUCAUUACAGAGACCAUCUAUGAUCCUAUUGAAGAAGUUGAUUGCCAUGUUGAUUAUCACUUUUAUACAGAUUCCAUGAACAGGAUUUUAAAGACUCCAUUUUGUGAAAGAAUUGUACGCUUUUUCAAGCAUCCUCACGAAAUGACUCUCCAAGAUUUCGAUCAUCGUUUUAAGAAUGAUAUUUUGAAAGAAAUUGCGAAAAUUCUAAUCUAUGACUGUGCUUUUGAACAUAACAAAACCACACCCACUCGAGAGAGAUUUGUUGUUGCUGGUGGUUCCAUUCUGCAUGCAUUAACAGGUUGUGGUUGUGGAGAUAUUGAUAUUUUUGUCAUGUGUAAUGGAGAGGAUGAGAAAACCACUGUUUCACAAGCUGUGAAAAGCGUUUUAUCAAAAUUUGAAAAACUCUCACAACAUUUAACGUAUAAUAUCAUGAAAUCAAGAACUACCAUCAAUAUAUGCUCUCCUGAAAACGAAAUUGAUCACCAAUAUCAAGUGAGCAUUGAUAAUCAUUGUAACAUUCAAAUAGUAUUGCUAAAGUUUGAAACCAUUGAAGAAUUACUUGUAUUUUUCGAUCUAGAUUGUUGUCGAUUUGCCUACGAUGGUUUUUCUCUGUACACCUUAUUGGAAGGAUUACGAUCAUUGAAGUACAAGUUGAAUAUUCUACCUCUAGAGACUUCGAAUGGUGAAAUUAACUUGAAACGUGCCAUCAAGUAUGGAAAACGUGGUUUUUUCACACUUUCCCUACCCACCCAUCAUCCUCUCUCUCAUGAAAUGCAUAAUGAUUUUAUUGUGGAAAAGAUUCGUUCUGAAAUUGUUCAAGAAUACUCGAAACAUUAUUUAGAGAUUGGAUUGUUCUCUCAUCCCUAUAUACCCAAAAGAAUACUCAAUCCAUGCGAACGAUAUUUUGUGCAUCCAUGCUUCCAUCCUUUUCUUUCUCACAACAUUGGAAUUCAAUCUGUGGAUUUGGAUGAAAGUUGUUAUCUUUAUCCUAUUGUUUUAAGAAAUGCAUCGUAUCCAUUGAUCGAUUUCUGUAGAAAGUAUGGACUUGAAAUGGCCUUAAGAAUUCUCAUGCCUUGUCUUGAGAGAAGUAAUGGUCGUUAUUUAAUUGAUGCCUCACAGAUCCAUCCUUCUUCCAUCUCUCUAAAUGAUCGCCUGAUCAUGAGGAUAUCAGAAAAACAUGAUCUACUCCAUGAACGAAUACAUGAAAUUCUACAUCACGAUGAAUAUUUAUUUGUUGAAAAACCAAAUGAAUUAUUCUCGAGUUCAACGUUGAAGAAUCAAGACCAUUCCAUUGUUCUUUCCAAUCGAUACUCGGAUCAACACCUUCAACGCAAGUACAGAAUUCUCAAAUGUAAACAAUGUGGAACCUACGAAUAUUCACCUUCCAAAUGUGCCUUAUUGGAAGAAGAAGAAUAUCAAAACGAUUUGGAAUUUUGGAAACUCGCAAGAGAGCAUCCUGAGGUUGUGAAAUUGGCAUCUUGUGAAGGGUCAAAGAGUUUCCACAAGAAUGAUAGUGAAGAAGAAGAAACACAUUCCAAUCCGUAUACUGAGUAUGAUGCACAAGGUGUUGAUCCGAGUAUCGAUUGGAAUACUGAGGAUGUAUUUAUUGCCAGAAGAGAUUAUGAACCCACCAAACAUUUCCUUUGCAAAUCCUGUGACAAAGAAUUGAAAGAGGAAAUUGCUAAGGAGAUGGAAAAUUUACCAUGCCAUGCCGAAGGUGUACUGUUUUAA